UUGCCACUCAACGAAUAAAGGCAAAAUGGCUAAAUAUGUCGGUAUCAACCGCUUGGGUAAGCUUUUCCAAAUCAUACGAGAAAAUGGUGGUGUACGUGCCAGUUUAGCGAAAUUAUUUAGGAAUGAUGAGUUAAAGACUGGCACUUUAGUCGGUGUCGAUAAGUAUGGCAACAAAUAUUUUGAGAAUCCCUACUAUUUCUAUGGCAGAAACAGAUGGGUUGAGUUUACUGAACAUGUAAAUUUAAAUUAUGAUGGUUCUCAAAUACCUGCCGAAUGGUAUGGCUGGAUGCACUACAAGACCGAUUUGCCACCAACCCGUGACGGUAAUCGCCCGAAAUAUGAAUGGAUGGCAGAUCACAGUGAAAACUUAUCAGGAACAAAAGAACAAUACAUGCCGUUCACCACAACUCGCCCCAAAAUUGAAGCUUGGAAUCCAAAUAAUGGCAAGAAAAAUUAAGGAAUGAUCGAGAAAAGUGUAGAAUAAUAUUACUAAUUAACAAAAUUUACUUUAUUUCCAAGAAAAUAAAGAUCAGUUUUAUUUUAAAA